AUGAGGGCUCGGUAUUUAGACAUUGAUAAAAAUGAACGUUUUCUUGUUUUGGAUUAUUGUGACCGUGCAUCAGUACAACCUUUGGUUCAACGUAGUGGUGAUCCGUUUAAUUCUGGUACAAAUUUACUAAAGAAUCCUAAGAAUUCUAUUUCUGCCGAACCCCUUUGUCACAUUGAUCCUUCGAAUGAUGAUUUAAAAGUUGUUCCGCAGAAAUUUAAACGGUUGCUUUCACCAGAAUUUGAAGAUGAUGUGAAUAAUAUUAAAAGUAAAACUAAAACGAAACGUCAUAGACAUUUUAAAACUACAGUUGAUUUUAAAAAUUUGUCCGAUUCAAAUAAUAAUGAUAAUAAAGAUGAGACAAAUAUAAUUCUUAGUCAUAGUGAAACAAGUGAAUCGAAUAAAGAAUGCUCCAGUUUGAAUGAUAAUAAUCAUAUGAAUAACUUGGCGAACAUCUCUACUCAUGAUACUAAUACUGCAACCAAAGCAGCAAACUCUCUUAUUACCAGUAGUCUUAACACAAGCAAAACAACUAAACUAUCCAGAUCUGGAAGCAGUUUAAGUGGUUAUCAAUUACGUUUCAAUCAAGAAAAAAAUAGACAUUUAAAAUCAAGUAUAUUUAAUACAUCACAGCCAAGUACUCCGGUUAAUUGUAAAACAAACAUUAUUCACUUAAAACUGCUUGGUAGUCAUAAUGGGACUUGUCUUGAACUAACCCUUUCAACUAAUGACAAUAAAGAAUUCGAAAGUUGGUGUAAAGCGUUUUCCGUGUGA